AUGGCCGAAGUUUCGCACGAUACAGUGGCCGCCUUGCGCAAGACGUUGACCUCCGAAACAGAGCCCCUCGCUCGCAGAUUCCGCGCUCUGUUCUCCCUGAAAUUUGUCGCCUGCUUAGAUCCUCCCACCGAGCAAAGCGUACCUGCCAUCGAAGCCAUAGCAGCGGCCUUCACAUCUCCAUCGGCACUAUUGAAGCACGAAUUGGCCUAUUGCCUGGGACAAUCCAAGAAGGCCGCUGCGGUUCCUCAUCUGCUACAUGUUCUCAAAGACAAGGAGGAAGAUACCAUGUGCCGACAUGAAGCUGCAGAAGCAUUAGGUGCGCUUGGGUUUGAGGAUAGUCUGGCUUUGUUGAAAGAAUUGAGGGAUGAUAAAAAUGAACCGGACGUGGUAAGAGAGACGUGCGAUAUCGCGGUUGAUAGGAUCUUGUGGGAGAUAUCAGAAGAGAAGAAGAUUGAGAAUAUUAGACCGAGUGACUUUGCAUCUAUUGACCCUGCACCGCCGCUCCCGCAAGCUGCGAAAGACCCAUCUAUUCCCGAACUGGAGAACACGUUGCUAGACACCAAUCUCCCUCUCUUCAAAAGAUACCGUGCCAUGUUCGCCCUGCGAGACCUUGCCUCACCACCGGACCUGCCCACUGCUGUUCCCGCCAUCAAUGCCCUGUCCAAAGGAUUGAAAGAUCCGUCGGCACUUUUCCGUCACGAAGUUGCGUUUGUGUUCGGCCAGUUAUGCCAUCCUGCCUCCAUACCAAGCCUAACGGAAACAUUGAGCGAUUUGAAUGAGAUGGGCAUGGUACGCCAUGAGGCUGCCGAAGCCCUUGGAAGUCUCGGCGACGAAGAAGGUGUCGAAGAGACCUUGAAGAAAUUUUUGAACGAUCCAGAGCAGGUUGUGAGGGACAGCAUUAUUGUCGCGCUUGACAUGGCCGAGUACGAGAAAAAUGGAGACAAAGAGUAUGCCCUGCUGCCCGAGGCCCCUGUUUCUGUGGCUUGA